UGCAUCAAUACUUAUUUAUUUAUUUUGACAGGGCUGGGUGCUGCAGUUCGCUCGUACAUGUACGAGUUAGGCUACCGGUACAGUUCAUCAGUGUGCCGGUACCUUACACUGUAGGUACCAGUACAUGUACCGGUUGCUACGUUGCUACCGCUAGCUAGAAGCAAAGAGCAGCACAAACCACGACCAUGGGCAUGAACAUGAAAGAAGGAGCGGAUGUCUACGGACAAUCUCACCCGGUGGAAACUCCAGCACUGCUGCGAGACUCCCUCGAAGCUUUUAAUGCUCUGAUGGAAAAGAUUCCGGAAGACAAGAAAGUCAACGCAAUUCUGGCGGAAUCCAAGUGCCCUGAAUUGGUGACGGACGAUUUCAAGCUUGUCUUUCUGCGAUGUGAAGUGUUUCAUGUCGAUCUUGCCGUGAAGCGUUACACCAAGUACUGGGACAAACGUGUGGACGUGUUUGGGCCCGAAAAGGCAUUUGAACCUCUCACUCUCUCGGGAGCUCUUCGGGAUGAUACCGCCGCUCUUCAGACUGGCUUCUUUCGGCUCAUGGACACAAAGGCAGUGGGCGGUCGGUCCAUGUUUUUCCUCGACCCCAAAAUGCAGGAUUUUCAGUACACACAGGACAGUAUGGUGAGGGCUGUCUGGUACUGGUUCCACGCUUCUCUCGAGGAUGAAGACACACAGAAACGAGGCGUCAUCUUUAUCAUUUACUCCUAUGACUCGACAAUGGGACACCUGGAUCGAGGCUUGAUCGGUCGUCUGGCCAAAAGCGUCCAGGGAAGUUUACCCGUCCGUCUUAGUGCAAUUCACUUUUGUCGUCCCCCGCUGGUCUUGAGCACUGUCUUUCCGGUCGUCAAGGCUCUCUUGGGAAACCGGCUACGAAAACGCAUUAAAGUACACUCCGGGUCAAAACACUGGGAAGACAUGGCCAAGUAUGAACUCACGGAAAAGAAUGUUCCUGAAGAUGUUGGAGGACAAGUGGUUUUGGACCAUCUAGCUUGGUUAGAGGACCGCCGAUGCAAGGGUUUGUAGAGUAGAGAAAGACAAAGAAAAGCUCAAGUGAACAGAGGUUUUUGCUUCUGUUUUGUAUUGGGAUCGGCUGAGGCAGUCGCUGCUAGCUAGUAGGUUCACACGCAACAAACAAACAAGAAAUGGCGUCCUGGUUUCGACUUCAACGACAGACAGGCUGUCUGUAUGGAUAAAUAAAUACAAUCUAUAGUAGAUGGAAUGGAGAUU